CCCAAAGGAGUGGAAGAGCCUGUCUUGGAGAGUUUCCCAGGGAAGCCCUGAGAUCGUUCAUUAUGAAGUGUACCGCGCGGGAGUGGCUCCGGGUGACCGCAGUGCUGUUCAUGGCGCGAGCGAUUCCAGCCAUGGUGGUUCCUAACGCCACUCUGUUGGAAAAACUCUUGGAAAAGUACAUGGAUGAGGAUGGUGAGUGGUGGACGGCCAAGCAGAGAGGAAAAAGAGCCAUCACAGACAAUGACAUGCAGAGUAUCUUGGACCUUCAUAAUAAGUUACGAAGUCAGGUGUAUCCAACCGCUUCUAAUAUGGAGUAUAUGACAUGGGAUGUAGAGCUGGAAAGGUCUGCAGAAUCCUGGGCUGAAACGUGUUUGUGGGAGCAUGGACCCGCAAGCCUGCUUCCAUCCAUUGGACAGAAUCUGGGCGCGCACUGGGGAAGAUAUAGACCCCCAACAUUUCAUGUACAAGCGUGGUAUGAUGAAGUGAGAGAUUUUAGCUACCCAUAUGAACAUGAGUGCAACCCGUACUGUCCAUUCAGAUGUUCUGGUCCUGUGUGCACUCAUUACACACAGGUGGUGUGGGCAACAAGUAGCAGAAUAGGCUGUGCCAUUAAUUUGUGCCACAACAUGAAUAUCUGGGGCCAGAUAUGGCCCAAGGCUGUCUACUUGGUGUGCAAUUAUUCCCCAAAGGGAAACUGGUGGGGCCAUGCCCCUUACAAGCAUGGGCGACCCUGUUCUGCUUGCCCCCCUAGUUUUGGAGGGGGCUGUAGAGAAAAUCUGUGUUACAAAGAGGGGUCAGACAGAUAUUACCCUCCUCGAGAAGAAGAAACAAAUGAGAUUGAACGUCAGCAGGCGCAUGUUCGUGAUUCCCACGUUCGAACAAGAUCAGAUGAUACCGAUAGAAAUGAAGUCAUAAGCACACAACAAAUGUCCCAAAUUGUUUCUUGUGAAGUAAGGUUACGAGACCAGUGCAAAGGGACAACCUGCAAUAGAUAUGAAUGCCCUGCUGGCUGUUUGGAUAGUAAAGCCAAAGUAAUUGGCAGUGUACAUUAUGAAAUGCAAUCCAGCAUCUGUAGAGCUGCGAUUCAUUACGGUAUAAUAGACAAUGAAGGUGGCUGGGUGGAUAUCACUAGACAAGGAAGAAAACAGUAUUUCAUCAAAUCCAACAGAAACGGUGUGCAAACCAUCGGCAAAUACCAGUCUGCCAAUUCCUUCACAGUCUCCAAAGUGACAGUUCAGGCUGUCACUUGUGAAACUACUGUGGAACAGCUCUGUCCAUUUCAUAAGCCUGCUUCACACUGUCCAAGAGUGUAUUGUCCUCGUAACUGUAUGCAGGCGAAUCCACAUUAUGCCCGUGUAAUUGGAUCUCGGGUGUAUUCUGAUCUGUCCAGUAUCUGCAGGGCAGCAGUCCAUGCUGGGGUCAUUCGAAAUCAUGGGGGCUACGUGGACGUUAUGCCUGUGGACAAGAGGAAGACUUAUGUGGCUUCUUUUCAGAAUGGAAUCUUCUCAGAAAGUUUACAGAAUCCUCCAGGCGGAAAGGCAUUCAGAGUGUUUGCUGUUGUGUGAAGUGGAACCCUUGGAUGGGGGUCACAGGGACUAUUCCAAAUGCCACGGUUCUGAAGUUUGUAUAAAACUGUAACAUUACUGUACAGAAGAUAGAAACUAUUUUCAGUGCUCCCCCCUCCCAGUGCCAGAUGCAUAUAAAUCCUGAUAGACAAAGUCUAUAAGAUGAAACAUGGGACUUUAGCUUUGGGAAAAAGAAUGAAUAUGUAAUGGUUUUAGAAAUCCUGUGUUAAAUAUUGCUAUAUUUUCUUAGCAGUUAUUUCUACAGUUAAUUACAUAGUCAUGAUGGUUCUACAUUUCAUAUAUUUUAUUACAUGGUGCUUUGUAUAUGCCACUAAUAAAAUGAAUCUAAAUAUUGAAUGUGAAUGGCCUUCAAAAAUUACCUGGUGCAUUUUAAAACAAUGGACUCUAAAACUGAAAGAAACCUUUUUAUCAUACCUUCCCCAGUCCAAAGCUAUGUUGUUACCUAGUCUAAAUCUCAAGCUGUUUUUCACUUAGUACUUGCACAGUUUUUUCCUCUAAGUUUAGGUAUAUAGAAUAUUAAAUCUUGAUACUCCAUUUGUUAUUUUGUAUAAAAUAAUCCUUUAGUAUCCAAAUGAAACUUUUAACAUGUUUAAUUUUUCAGGAAUGGAAUUAAGACAAACUAUGGCAUGAAGACACUCUUAGUGCUCAUGUAAUAAAUACUGAGUUGAGCACAAGCAGCCAGAGCUUUCGAUGUAUUGUUAAACUGGAGGUCACACAUUUUGUUUUGUAUCCUGGCAAAUACUCCUGCAGGCCAGGAAGUAUAAUAGCAGAGAGUCUAACAAAGACAAACUAAUGUAUUGCAUUACUGUUGUCACUGCCACUGAUUUUCAUAAUGGCAAGUGACCUUGUGUAUAAAUAUUGCCAUAUUAUGGUACCUAUACUGGUGACAUGUUUCUAUGAAAAAAUGUAUUAUCCUUCGAGACUAAAAAUCUGUAAAAUGUUACUUUUUUCUGCUGGUGAAUUUAUUCAUUUCCUAUAAACAUAUUAAAAUCAAUGAUGCUUUGAAGUCUUA